AUGCUCAGACGCCAGGCCAGAGAAAGAAGAGAGUAUCUCUACAAGAAAGCCCUCGAGCUCCAAGAAACCGCACAACUAGAAAAAAGACAGAAGCUCAAGGCCACGCUUGCGUCCGGAAAGCCCCUUUCCAAAGAGCUCAGUGAAGACGUCGAGCUCCACAAGAACUUCCGUUACGACGAGAGUGAGCAGGUCGAAAUUGACGAUGAGUAUCUGGCGAUGAGCGGAGUUAACGACCCCCGGAUCAUCGUCACCACAUCCAGAAACCCAUCCGUGCGUCUUCUCCAGUUCUGCAAAGAGAUCAAGUUGAUGUUCCCCAACUCGUUGAAGCUAAAUAGAGGUACCUACGUCAUCCCCGAGCUCGUCAAGUCGUGCACCAAGGCCGCCAUCAACGACCUCAUUAUUCUUCACGAACACAGAGGUGUGCCUACGUCGUUGACGGUAUCGCACUUCCCGCACGGCCCAUCGGCGGUUUUCACGCUCCACAACGUCAAGUUGAGACACGACUUGCCUAAUAUGGGCAACAUUUCCGAGGUGUACCCACACUUGAUCUUCGAGAACUUCACCACCAAGCUCGGUGAGCGUGUGGUCAAGAUCUUGAAGCACUUGUUCCCGCCCGGAGCCAAGAAGGAUAGCUCCAGAGUGAUCACGUUCAUCAACAACGAUGACUUCAUCAGUGUCAGACACCAUGUGUACAUAAAAACAAAGGAUGGCGUGGAGUUGAGUGAGGUGGGACCCAGAUUCGAGAUGCGUCUCUUCGAGUUGAGACUAGGAUUGCUCGACAACAAGGAUGCUGACGUUGAGUGGAAGGUCAGAAGAUUCAUCCGUACUGCCAACAGAAAGAACUAUCUCGCAGAGUAA